AUGAAUAUCAAUACUUCCAUUGGUAUCCAGGCAGUACUCCUUGUUUUAGCAUUGGUGGUACUGCUUCUACGAUGCUGGGCGAAUUAUUUGAUGAAGCAGUCUCUACUCAGCGUGCCCGAUAUUUUCGCGUGGCUGGGUUGGGUUUUUAGCUUGGGAUGGUUUGUCUGCUCGACUCUUGCGCUUCGAAUUCUCAUAGAGAAUCCUGCGGUCGGUUCCGAACUCGUUGUCAACUCAGUAGAGUAUUUAAAGAUAGUAUUGGUGGCAGAGUACUUUUUCGACACUGGAAUUUACUUCCCCAAGAUAUCCAUUGUUUUGGUUUACUGGAAAUUGAUUCCCGGGAUUUUUGGAUCAUUAAGACGCGUGUUACUCGUAACCUCGAUUUAUCUUGGUUGCGCCUUACUCGCAUCAGUCCUCACAAACACUCUAAUUUGCCUACCUUUCUCUGAUAAUUGGUCUAUCGAAAACCAGCUGAAGUCAGCGUGGAACUCGUACCCUUCUUUUUGUAUUCAAUGGGGUCUCAACUUUUCGACGGAUUUGCUGAUCUUUUUCUACCCCUUCUUUCUACUCAAGCACUUGAAACUUCGCAGGCAACAAAAGAUUGCCCUUAUUGGCGUUUUUUCUUUGGGUGCCAUUACAUUGAUAGUCAGCCUCUCCCGGUUCAUUGCAUACAAUGCGACCAAUUUUGAGCUUGACGACGAGUCUGGCAAUACCUUAUCUCUUGCCGAGAUGAGCACCGCCGUCAUCGUCGUGUGUCUCCCCGGUCUUCGAAGGUUCAUCAUCCGAUCGAAAACAUCUACCAAUCGCUCCUCUUCGAACCAGCUCAGCGGCUAUGGUGUCCACACAAAGAUUACCGGAGUAGGCCAAAAUGACAACACAGAUAAAGGACAAGCUCUGUCAUCGCAGUACGCUAAAUGGGGCGUAAGGGAUGAUGAAAUCGAGUUAGUAACUCACAUUCGCGUUUCCCAUGAACUGGUGAAUCCAGACGAUACUCGCAGCGCGAGCGGACAAAGCGCAAUUAGUCAGAACGUUAAAGUACAGGGCUCUCAAUAUUAG